AUGUCGUCUACUGACGCGCUAAAUAAUCGUUCAUUAUCACCCGAUAUUCUAUCAUCAGCUAUAACUGAUCAUACAACGGCUACAAAAAAUAUUAAUCAAACUUCAAAAACGACUACAAAUGGUAUUGGUACAACAUCACAUUCAUUUAAUUUAGCCACAUUUCACACACCAAAUGAUAAUUCAUCAAAUUCAUUAUUAUCUCCACGUGAACGUUGUAGACGAUGUCAACAAUUAGUCUAUGUAACAGAACGUAUAGGACCAUUAAAAACUUAUAUUUAUCAUAAAUUAUGUUUUAAAUGUUUAAAAUGUGAACGACAAUUAGAUUUAAAAACAUAUUUUACAAAUUCCGUUGAUUUAAAUGAUAAAGAAAUUUAUUGUCAAUCACAUGUACCUAAAUCGGGUAAAGGAUCAUUUGGAGCAGAAAAUAUGCAAAUACAAUCAGUAAUGAAUGCACCAAAAUUAAGUGUAAUGCAAAAAUUAGAUGAUAGACUCAAAGGUACACAUCUUGAUUCAUCAGCAAUAAGUAUAGCACAUGCAAUGAAAGCGCAACUAUUAUUACAAGGGGGACGAGACAAAAUUUCAUCCAGUCACAAAUUUCCAGCUAUGCCUCCAAUUUUUCGUGCAGAACGAGAAACUCAAGAGAAAAAAAUUGAAAAAGAAGUUAUUGAAGAAUGGGAAAAGAAACUUGAAACUUUAACAUCUCAAUAUGAAGAUGAUUUACGUCGAAAAAAAGAUAAAAGUAUUGAACGAGUAUGUGACUUAACGGUAAGAUUUAAAAAAGAAAAAGAAGAUUUAGAAAAACAUAUGACAUUAAAACGUGAAAAAAAACGUGAAGUUGUACGAAAACAAUUGAAUGAGAAAGAACAAGAACAAACACAUUCACUCGUAUCAAAAUUUAGUAAGGAAAUGAUCAAUCUUAUUCAAGUUAAAGAAGCAGAAGUAUUGGGUGAAAAUGGGGUAAAUGAUGAAAUUGUUACCGCGUUUUCCAUGCUUCAUUUACGUCAACCUCCACCACCACAACCGCCUCGACGACGCAAACGUGAUUUAUAUGAAGAUCCAUCGAUAUUUGAACAUGUUGAUCAACAAGCAAUUGCGGUCGCUGAAAGUGAACAGACAUCGUACACAGAAUUAGUUGAUCAGUUAACAUACGGUUUAUUAACUGAUUUAGAAAAAGCAAGAGCAAUAUUUCGAUGGAUUACAGUGAAAGAUCUAAAUGCAAUGGAUUUUCAAUCGAAUUUAGCUGCUGAUACACCAAUGGGACUCUUACGUGGUAUCAAAUAUGGAACAGAAACAUACCAUACAUUAUUCAUGAGACUUUGCAGUUAUGCUGGGUUGCAUUGCGUUGAUAUUAAGGGUCAUUCAAAAAGUGUUGGAUAUGAACCAGGAAUGAAAAUUUUAGAAGGAAAAUUUACGAAUACAUGGAAUGCUGUUGUCAUUGAUGAUGAAUGGCGUUUUGUACAAUGUAAUUGGGGUGCACGCCAUUUAGUAAUGAGUAAAGAUAAAAAACCAGCUGAUCGUACACCACCCAAACCUACCCGUGAAAAAAUUAAAUAUCAAUAUGAUGAACAUUAUUUUCUACCUGAUCCCGAUGAUUUUAUAUUAGAAUUUUUCCCACACAAACCAGAUUGGCAAUUACUUGACAAUCGAAUAAAUCUAAAUGAAUUUGAAAAAUUGCCAUUUGUUCGAUCACUCUUCUUUCAUUAUCAUUUGUCAUUUGUUAAUCAGCAUAAUGCUGUUAUUUUGACUGACAAUCGUGGUUCAUGUGAUAUUAAAUUAAGAAUGCCUGAUUCAUUAAAACAACGUUUAGCAUUUCAUUUUCAUUUGCGUUUUUCAAAUUCCAAUUCAUCGAUAUCGUCAUCUCAAGCUCUAACAACAGCAACAAACGCUAGUGCUAAUCAAGAAGAUAUUACAGAUUUUCAAGGAGUUAAACUUGAACGUUAUGUAUUGCAUACAGUACAAGAUGAUCUUGUCUCAUUUAAUAUUCAUGUACCUCAAGAAGGAGAUUAUUUUAUUGAAAUAUUCGCAUCAUUAGUGGAACCCGAUCCAAAUCCAUUUGGCCAAAGUUUCAAAUUGAAAUGUGUAUGUAAAUAUCGUAUAUUAUGUAAUGAAUUGUUGCAACGAAUGCAUCCUUUGCCGUCUUGUGCGUCCGGUGAAUGGGGUCCGAUGAAAGCAAUUCGCCAUUUUAACAUUAUACCUUUGACACAUGUGAAUGCCAUAUUUGAAACAACACACAGUCCCGUUUAUAUAAAAUUUAAAUGUCCAAAACAAUUAAAAUUUCACGGAAAACUAAAUUCAAAUCAAUAUGUCAAUAUAAACGAUAGCCAUCCCUUGGAUAAAUAUGUUAAAUAUGAAUAUGAUGAACAUGAGUACAUCAUUACAUUUAUUAUAUAUUUACCGAUCGAAGGACAAUAUGGCCUCGAUGUUUAUGCAAGAGAUCCUGAUUAUCAAACAGAAAAACGUACAAUGUCACACUGUUGUAAAUAUAUUAUUAAUUAUUCGAAAACAGCAACAACAGCACCAGUAUCGUCAAAAACAUCCGAUCAACAAAAUUCGAAUAAUAAUCAAUUAAUGAUGUCUAAAUUCGAUAAUGGGCGUUUAUCGCAGUAUGAAGAACAUCAAUUAGCUACAAACAAUCAAAAUAGUACUAAUAAUAACAGUAAUCAAUACAGAAUAGUUUCACCAAGAGUGACGAGCUCAACCUCGACAUCAAUACAAUCAAAACUAGAAAGAAAUCUAUCACCAGGACCACAACGGAAUAGUGCUGGAUCAAAUGGUGGUGAUAUUCAUCGGGAAAAACAACAACAACAAUCACCACCCAUGCCAAAAAUUGGUGGUAAUCCAUCAUUGUUACAAGUGCUUGGUAUGACUGCUGUGAGUCACAUUGACUCUGUAAUUGAUCUAAACAAUACAAAUCAUAUUGAUAUUCAUUUUCAAGUACGUCGUAUGAUUGAUUUUUCAUUUGAUUUAUUUUAUCAUCAAACAUUAAAUGAUUUAUUAAAAUCAAAAUCAUCAUCGUCAUCAAUUAUUAAUUUAAAUCAACGUUUAAAUGUAUCUGAUUAUAUACAGAUAAAACCCAGUGGUUAUAACGUUACAUUCGCACUUAAUCUUCCUAAACCGGGUCUAUACACAUUUACAAUUUAUGCUGCGGCAAGCGAUGUUAAUCUAAAUAAUAAUAAUAAUAAUAAAAAACAACAACAAUUAUUAACUAAAACAAAUGGUGCUAAUAACAGUAGUAAUAGUAUCACUACUGAAAUUGAUUUACCUCCAGUUUUUACCUAUAUGAUACGCUACGUUGUAUGA